AUCACGUGAUAGUGACAAGGGCUCAUAUUAUAGGGCUGCACAGUUAUGUCUUUAUCUAUAUUGCCUCAUCAUGUGCAAGAAAUUCAAGAAGAAAACAAGUUUCUCAAAAAUUUAUUGAAGAGGAAAAAAUUUGAAUAUGAAGGGAAAGUAUUUGUGCAAAUUCCAGAAUUAGAACCAAAAUCAGAUACUGGAGAUAGUGGACUUUGUAUAACAAUGGAUGAUGAAGGUGACAUUAGCAUUAAAGAGCAAUUCAUGGAGUACUUUGAUAAUAUUGAAGUAGAGCUGCCAGAAAAGCUAGAAAUGGAUAAAAUGAAUGUUAUGUCAGUUGGCUGUGACUUAUUUGAGACUUCUUUUAAAUGCUGUCGCAGUGCGUUUAUUGAAAAACUCAAAGACAGUCUUCUUGAAUUGACUCAGUUAAAUGAGUAUGAAAAUGCUAAUACUCGAAUAGAUGCAAGAAGGCAGCGGAAUCUUUGUGAUGUCUUCAGAGCAUACAAGCUCCUUUUAAAAUACUCAACAGCAAAGUUAAAAUGUAUUGAUCAAUCUAUUAUUGAUCAGGUGAAAGCAUCCAUUUCUGAUGAUGCUCUAGCUUUUCAACUAUCUGAUCAAAUUGUAGAGGCAAUUAAGAUUUGUUGGAAAAUGCAGUUGUUAGAUAAUCCAAUGUUUAUAUGUCAGCCUAAAGUAUUUAAUGAGAAUUGGCAUGAAGUUUAUUAUAAUAUUUUGUGCGAUGAAGCUAAUUAUGAACUUGUCUAUUACAGACCAGUACUAAUGAAUAGUGCUGGAGGAUCACGUGCUUGCAGAGGAUUAAUAGAAAAAAGAAAAAAGGGCCAAGUCUCUGAGAUUAAAGAGCCAAGAUACAAAAUUCUUACAGCUAGUGAAUCAGGCUUAAAGCCAAAUUGUGUAGGAGUCAUGUUAGAGAAUUCAAAAAAAUUAGGAAAUAAAGGAUUAAAGCAUAGUCUUCGAACUAAACUCAUUUCUAAAGUGAUCUGUUCUAUCUGCGACAAACCUACCGAAUUAUGUUAUAUGGGACAAUUAAAUUUUUCAUUUUUGCAUUAUGAGUGCUUUCUCAAGUCCAGAUAGACUAUAUAAUAUUGAAUAAAUUAUGUGUGGGUUGUCUAUAGUUUUGUUUUGUAUAAUUACUAUGUAAAGAGAAUUUUGUAGCUUACAUAA